AUGGAAUAUUAUUCAUCGUUAGAUGCUUCACAGCUAGACUCAGAAAGACCUACCUUAUUUGAGUUGAUAUCGGCCAACCAGUUGGAAUCGUUGUUAUCACCAUCAUUGAGGUAUAUACUUGUUCAUUAUGCUAGCAGAUACCCUAGGUACUUGUUGAAAGUAAAUAACUACUUCGAUGAAAUUAAUUUAGCAUUGAGGAGCUUUAUAGAAUGGUAUUUCCUUACAUAUUGGCAAGGAUCAUUUACUGAAAACUUCUAUGGUUUAAAAAGAGUGAAUCAAACACCCUUGUCUCAAGGUGAAUUCAAUAGUUCCAAAUUGACCCAACUAGUACCUUCCAUGAUUGAAGAGAGAAGAAAGAUCACUUCCUUGCAAAAAUUUGUAUCCAUCUUUGAAGUUACUGGAACUGCAUUCUUGUCGGAGAAGCUUAACUACUGUUAUGAAGUGUGGUAUACAAAAUACAUCACUAAUCAACUAAAUACCCACGAGUCACUUACAAGGAAGGAGAAUAUCAAGAUUCAAAUAAAGAGAAAAUUUGUCGAAAUAUACCCUUAUGCUCAAAGUGUAUAUCGUUUGGCUAACUUUAUCACUACAUUGAUGUACUUGAGUGGGUCAUCCAAAUCUCCUACCAUUUUAACAUAUUUAUUCAAAAUGAACUAUUCACGAUUGAAUCAAUACGAUUAUGAUAAAAAUGAACCACAACAGAAGCUAUCAGAUAAAAAGAAACACAACAAGAUUGCACCACCAACCACUGCUGAGUUGCUCUUGCAUUUUGUGCUGAACAGUAUCACCAACCCUUCAUGGAAGAUGAUAAAACUUGUUUUGGGAACAUUUUUCCCCGUGGCAAUUUUCACAUUGAAGUUUCUUGAAUGGUGGAAUAAUUCCAAUUUCGCCGCAAAACUACUUAAAAAUCUGGGAAAUUCACUCAACUUUACGUUACCACCACCAUCCAAAUUAUCUGCUGUAUUGCGUUCAUGUACCAAACGUGACCAACAAGUGAAACCGAAAAAGCCACACAAAUCGGGUAAAGUUUGUCCCUUGUGUAAGAAAGAAUUGACAAAUCCCGCAGUCAUUGAAACAGGAUACGUGUUUGAUUAUUCUUGUAUUUACAAUUACUUGGAAAAAUCCCACAUUAUAGUUUCAAAGAAAAUCGAGGCGCAAUCUGAAGGAAAAGAGGAAGUAAACUCAGAAGAUGAGGAUGAGGAGGAGAAGGAGGCAGAAGAAAAUGAACCAAAAGAGGAAAAGACAUAUGACAUAAACAAAGGCGGCAGGUGUCCCAUAACUGGACAAAAGUUGCUCGGUUGUAAGUGGAACCCAUUGAAAGAAGAAUGGCAAAUUGAGGGUAUCAGACGUUUGAUUCUUUAG